ACGCAGCUCUGGGUGAUGGUGAAGAUGGCGGAUGGGGAUAGUGGGAGUGAGCGCGGUGGAAGCAGCGGUGGUGGAGGUGGAGGUGGCGGCGGCGGCGGCGGCGGCGGCGGAGGAAGCGGGUUCCAGCCUUUCCAGAGGGAUCAAGAGACCCAAGAGCUGGCGUCCAAACGGCUUGACAUCCAAAACAAGCGCUUCUACCUGGACGUGAAGCAAAACUCGAAGGGCAGGUUCAUCAAGAUCGCCGAGGUCGGCGCUGGGGGCUCCAAAAGUCGCUUGACACUUUCCAUGUCAGUCGCGGCGGAGUUUCGGGACUACCUGGGGGAUUUCAUUGAGCACUACGCCCAGCUCGGACCCAGCACCCCGGAGCAGAUCGCCCAGUCCUCCGGCGGCGAGGACGGCGGGCCUAGACGGGCCUUGAAGAGCGAGUUCCUAGUGAGGGAAAACCGCAAAUACUACCUCGAUCUGAAGGAGAACCAGCGGGGGAGGUUCCUCCGGAUCCGUCAGACCGUCAACCGCGGGCCUGGAGGCUUUGGCGUCGGAGGAGGUGUGCCCGGGGGUGGCAUGCAGUCCGGGCAAACCAUUGCCCUUCCUGCUCAGGGUCUCAUCGAGUUCCGCGACGCCCUGGCCAAGCUGAUCGACGACUACGGCGGGGACGACGAGGAGCUGGUCGGCGGCGGCUGCGCCGGAGGUUACGGCGAGCUCCCCGAGGGCACGUCAAUCACGGUGGACUCCAAGCGGUUCUUCUUCGACGUGGGCUCCAACAAGUACGGCGUGUUUCUGCGGGUGAGCGAGGUGAAGCCCAGUUACAGAAACUCUAUCACGAUACCCUUCAAAGCGUGGAGCAAGUUCGGCGGAGCCUUCUGCCGCUACGCCGAGGAGAUGAAGGAGAUCCAGGAGCGGCACAGAGAUAAAGUGUACGAGCGGAGAGCUGGAGAGGAGUCGGAGGGCGACGACAUAGAUGACGACUGACCCGCACAGGUGUUCCGUCGCCGGGCCAACCGCACAGAGCGAGAACCAACGCGCAAGAGGGGGAAAGAAUUACCGUGCAUGAAACGAAGAACAUUAAUGCUCUAUGGCGAAUAAAGAUGUUUGACUGAGAAACACUGUCAUGUAUAUGUAAGAGAAACCUGUUUAAAGCAGUAUAGACGAUGUUUGGCUAGAUAAAUGGAUAUUUCUGCUGGCUGCUCUAUAGGUCUUGUCAUUUUGAAAGUUCUCCCCUUUACAAAGAAAAACAACAAACCACCCCUUCACCCAGAGACUGAGUUCACAAAAGAGUCGACAGGGACGUUUAGUGUUAGUGUAUCAAGAAAUGAUGAAUAUCUCUACUAUAGGUGUUUUUGGUGUUGUACCAUACGAUGGAGAGCAAACCAGCAUCAUCUGAAUGACGUGGUGUGAAUCUCAUAGUUAGCUCAUUCAGGAAGUGUUCUCUGCAAAUUUGUGUGUGUGUGUAUAUACAUAUAUAUAUUAUAUAUAAAAGAUGCAGAUCAAACCGUGGGAAAAUAGGAGGUUGUUCAACUUGUGGACACACAAUACAGUUCAAGCAACAAUGUACAAAUAGGUAAAAUGGUGCUAUAAAGCCGUGCUCCGCCGGCCCGCCGUGAAGAUUGAGGUUCAUGCGGGCUGGUGAGUUUUAUUGCGUUUUCCUCCUGUUUCUUGUCAGGAUUGAGCAAAUUACUCCGAUUGUAUGGACUAAAUUGGGAAGUGUGUUGGUGCACAUGCCGCUAAAUUUAUUAUUGAUACUGGGUUUGAUUUGGCUCUUGUAAAGGGAACAAUACUGGUAUGCCUGAUACCAGGCGAACAUCAAGCCGGGAUAAAUUAGUACUUUUCGAAUUUAAUACGUGAAGAGCUAUGGUGACAUAACUGGAAAGGAAAUCAAAUGUAGAACAACACCCAGCUGGGUUUAAAUAGAUUUAUUUUUAAAAACAAUAUACAGAAAUAUAUAUAUACAGAAAUAUAUUUAUAUAUAGACGUAUAGAAUCAAUUAUAAAUGCUUCCUGAACAGGCUAUUUAAACAAAUAAAACUCGGAUGCAAUUAUAUAUAAGGAAAUAUUUCUUACUGGUUUUCCAUACGUUUCCUAUAGUCUUUAUGGUUGGAAGAGCAUAGAAAAAUAAUGACAAAUUUGUGAAAUACAAAAACUAGACUUGAAAAUGUUUAGUUUGUAAUCCAUUUUUCAACAACCCAAAUGGUAUGAUAUAACACUCUUCUUUUUUCUCUCUCCCUCAACAGUCUCUUCCUCUGCAUAUUAAGUUGUUACAUUUCUGAGUCUUACUGCAACCUGUCCGCUUCUCUUCUCCCAGAUCUGUCAAAAUGUGUGUGCCUGUUAGCAGCGUCCCUCUGUUAUCCUGAUAUUGAGUGGGUGUUAUACAUUUUUCAUUUGAUCAGAGAACAAGGAGUGAUGUCCAUUUCCUGACUGUUUUGAUUUUCAGGCCUUCUGUAACCAGAAGAAUUAGCCAUACACACCACCUGGGAGCCAUAGUGAUUUUUUACUAAUUUCAAUAUCCGUAUGAGUUUUGACCUCAUUCUUGUCUGUACUGUGUUAUGUGAUAAAGGCAGCUGUUCAGUCAAGUGUGUACUGCUGUAAUUCUCCACAGACUUCCUUUGAACAAUAAAUAGACUUUCUUUGCUGAGAA